AUGAGGAAAAUCACUAAAUCAACAAUUUUAGGCAUCAAAAGGAAACCAAGUGAUGAAAAUAAAGAAAAUGAAUUGGGCAACUCAUUAUCAAGGAAUAAUUCUGAUCAAGGAAAACAACAGUCUCCGACAAGAAAUCCUGCCCGCAUUCCUCUUGGAGGGGGUUUGUCUCAAAACAUCACACCCUUGAGUAACGUGACUAACGCAAAUCAUUUCGGUGGCUCAUCUUGUACGAAUAAUACUGCUCAAGAUCAAGACCAACGUACGACAGCUAAUCCUUACACAAAUCCCCAGCGAGGAUGUUUCUCUGAAUAUAUCACACCAUUGAGUAACAUCACUACCGUACGGCAAUCCAAUACACAAAUAGGAGAUGAAUUUGCAAUUCGUAAACCAUUAGAUAAAUAUGCAAUUGUCGAAGACCAGGUAACAACCAGAGACUUGCUACCUGCCUUUGAAGAUGAAAGUAACAAUGCGGUGAGCGAUGUCUCAAAUCAGAACAUAGCUGAUGCAAAUUUAUCGGGUGACGCUGUACGGCAGACCUCGGGAAUUGGGACAUCCUCUGGUCCACAAAAUGAAAGGAAGAAGAAUUUGUCAACAAAAGCAUCGCCACUGUUUAUGUUGUGUUGCAACAAUGGGAAGAUCAAAUUGCCGGAUAAUAAGUUGCCACCAAAAGGUAUAUUUGAUCUCUUUUUCGGCAAUGACGAAUUAUCAAAAGAAUUUUUACACAACAUUAGGACCUACAACAACAUGUUCUGUUUCACAUCCAUGGGUGGAAAAAUUGACAAGAACGUGAACAAGGGUGGAGCACCUCCAAUUUUUCGAUUAAGUGGUCAAAACUACCACCUAAUGGGCACUUUACUUCCAGAACAAGGCAAAGAACCUCAUUUUGCCCAGUUAUACAUAUACGACACGGCAAAUGAAAGGAACAACCGUAUAAAUGCUGUGAGGGGUAUUGGUGACCAAGAUGACAUUCAUGUAGAAAUAGUGAAUGUCAUCCAGAAAGACCUGGAUGAAAAUAAUGUCUUGGUUAAGUCUUUUCGCAUGGCUAUGUCUGAGUUGGAUAUUAAUCCAUGCGCCGAAGUAAAAAUAAAGUUGUUGGGAAAACGAACUAGAGAUGCUAGGACAUAUAAUGUGCCUCAAGUGUCUGAAGUAGCAGCUUUAAUCGUUGGCGAUCUGGAUACCAGUAUUGAAGAGCGUGAUAUUAUUGUUCAAUCGAAGGGUGGCCAACUACAGAGGAUUACUGAAUUAAAUCCUUCAUACUUACCACUGCAAUACCCUAUUCUGUUUCCAUAUGGCGAAGAUGGUUAUCGGGAGGACAUUGCAUUCGCCGACGUAGUCGGCAGGCGCUCUUCUGGUGGUAGACAAAGGAUUAGCCCCAGGGAGUUUUUUUGCUACCGCAUACAAUCUAGACAGUCAGCUCCAAGUACCAUAUUAUUUGCAAAGCGGUUGUUCCAACAAUUCGUUGUAGAUGGCUACACAAUGGUUGAGUCUGGAAGGCUAAUUUAUAUAAGGACACACCAAAAAAGCCUAAGGUGUGAGAGUUACAGUGGAUUAACUGAUGCUUUGACGAGGGGUGAUUUAAGCCCUGCAGCCCAAGGUCGUAGAAUAAUACUACCUUCGAGUUUUACUGGUGGUGCUAGAUAUAUGAUACAAAACUACCAAGAUGCAAUGGCAAUAUGUAGAUGGAUUGGAUACCCAGAUUUAUUUAUAACCUUUACAUGCAAUCCGAAGUGGCCUGAGGUGCAACGCUUUUUAAAAGAUCAAAGGUUGAAGCCAGAAGACCGGCCGGACAUAAUUUGCCGCUUAUUUAAGAUUAAGUUGGAUGCUUUGAUAGCUGAUUGUCGAAAGAAUCAACUAUUUGGCCCUGUUGCCGGAGUCAUAUAUACAAUUGAGUUUCAAAAGCGAGGUCUUCCGCAUGCUCAUAUAUUGCUUUUUCUGGAGAAAAGUAAAGAAGUUAGGCAAGUUCUCACUCUAGACAACAUAAUUUCAGCAGAGAUUCCCGAUGAAAAGAAAGAGGCUGAGUAUUACCAGACGGUAGAGGAAUUUAUGAUGCAUGGUCCAUGUGGAAAAGCCAGGACAAAUUCUCCUUGCAUGGUAAAUGCACGAUGCUCUAAACAUUUUCCUAAGAGAUUUGUUGAUAGUUCUACGUUUGAUGACGAUGGUUACCCGGUAUAUAGAAGGAGAGACAAUGGCAGUGUAGUUACAAAGAACGGGAUCGCCUUGGACAACAGGUCAAUAAAGUACCUGUUCAAGUAUGUUAACAAGGGUCAUGAUCGAGUAACAGCCGAAUUUUACAAAACAGGCAAUGAUGACGAGAAUGGCAAAGCAGUAGAUGAGAUAAAUAUGUACUAUGACUGUAGGUACAUAUCCCCGUGUGAAGCUGUCUGGCGUCUAUUUGGUUUUGAUAUACAACUUCGUGCGCCUUCGGUAGAGAGGUUAAGCUUUCACCUUCCUAAUCAACAGAGUGUGAUAUUUGCAGAUGAUGAUGCAGUUGAGAACAUUGUGAAUAGACCUACGAUAGCACAGAGCAUGUUCUUAGAAUGGUUCGAAGCUAAUAAAACAUACCCCAAUGCCAGAGAGCUUACUUAUGUUGAGAUGCCAACAAGAUUCGUUUGGAAGAAAAACCUUAGAAAAUGGCAGCCACGAAAGAAAGGGUUCUCCAUAGGAUGUAUAUUCUAUGUCCCUCCAGCUACUGGUGAAAUCUUCUAUUUGAGGUGUUUGUUGAACAAAGUACGCGGCCCUAAAAGUUACGAAGAUAUUAGGACUGUAAAUGGAGUCCAAUAUGACUCAUUUCGAGAUGCGUGUUAUGCAAGGGGUUUAGUUGAUGAUGACAACGAAUAUGUUGAUGCAAUAGAUGAAGCCAGUAGUUGGGCGUCAGCUGAUCAAUUGAGGAGAUUGUUCGUGACAUUACUAAUGAGCAGUUGCAUGGGGAAACCGGAAAUAGUUUGGCAUGCCGUUUGGCAACAUCUAUCAGACGAUGCCCAAUACAAAAUCCGUUCACAACUGCAGAACAGAGAUUUUGUGUUGACCGAUUCCCACAAAAUGAACUUUGCUUUAGUUCAGAUUGAGAACCUAUUAUCUAAUCAUGGUAAGAGUUUGAAGGACUAUCCUGAGAUGCCAACGGCCAAUUUUGGUGCGUUCCAUAUUAUUGCAAAUAGGUUGAUUCAAGAAGAAUUAGCAUACGAUCGUGGGGAACAGGAGAAAGAGAACCAAGAAUUGGUAAGGCAGUUAACAGACGAACAAAAGGCAAUAUACAAUGAAGUUUUAACUGACGUGGAUCGCCAGGAAGGUGGGUUAUUCUUCGUUUCGGGUUAUGGAGGGACAGGUAAGACUUUCUUGUGGCGAGCACUUUCUUCCGCAUUAAGGUCUAAGAGUCAAAUAGUUUUAAAUGUUGCUUCUAGCGGCAUAGCUUCGCUGUUAUUACCUGGUGGCCGUACGGCACAUUCCCGGUUUGCUAUACCGAUAUCUGUUAAUGAAGAUUCCACAUGCAACAUACGGAACGGCAGUGAACUGGCGGAACUUCUUGUGCAAACAAAGAUGAUAAUAUGGGACGAAGCCCCAAUGAUGCAUAAAUUCUGCUUUGAAGCAUUGGAUCGAACUUUGCGGGAUUUGAUGCGGUUAGUAAAUCCAAGGAGUUCUGAUAUGACAUUCGGUGGUAAAACAGUUGUUCUGGGUGGCGAUUUCAGGCAAAUUCUACCAGUCAUUCCAAAGGGUACUAGACCGGAUAUAGUUCGAGCGAGCAUUAGCUCAUCCUAUCUAUGGCAAUCCUGUAAAGUCCUGAGGCUAACUAAGAAUCUACGCUUGAAAACUGUUGAAUCUAUAUCCGAGUGCAAGGAGAUCGAGGAAUUUGCAAAAUGGAUAGCUAAUAUAGGUGACGAAAUUAUUGGGUGUCAACUUGAGGGGGAAUCAGAGAUUACUAUUCCAGAAGAUUUGUUGUUAAAGUGUGAAGAUGACCCUAUUGCUACAAUCGUUGAUAGCACUUUCCCCAAUUUCCGAAUGGGAAUUGCCGAUUUGUCAUAUCUUAAUCAUAGUGCAAUUUUAGCUCCAACAUUGGAUGUGGUAGAUGCCGUUAACCAAUACAUGAAUGACCAUAAUCCUUCUGAGGGUAAAACAUACCUGAGUUGUGAUUCUGUGUGUAAGUCAGAUGCCAAUGUGGACAUGUUAGCGGAUUUGCACACUCCGGAAUUCCUGAAUGCCUUGAGAUGUUCUGGAGUACCAAAUCAUGCUUUGACAUUGAAAGUUGGAUCACCUGUUAUGCUGUUGAGAAAUAUUGAUCACACAUUAGGAUUAUGCAACGGUACAAGGUUGAUUGUUACAAGGUUGGGUGACCAUGUGUUGGAAGGCCAAAUCAUGUGCGGUACAAAUGCAGGAACUAGAGUAUUGAUUCCUAGAAUGUCUCUUACACCGUCAGAUACCAAAUUGCCUUUCAAAUUUCAACGAAAGCAAUUUCCCUUGAUGCUAUCCUAUGCUAUGACAAUCAACAAAAGUCAAGGACAAACGCUUGCUAAAGUUGGGUUGUUGUUGAAAAAACCGGUCUUUAACCAUGGACAACUAUACGUAGCUGUUUCAAGAGCAUCAAGCAUUCGUCCUUCACCUAAUGGGCUUAGCUUGUUGAGUCAUCGUGAUUUGUCAUUCCACUAUUUGGUUGGGCUGUGGUGUGAAACUCUGGGGAUCAUGUUGGAUCUUGGUCCAAAACGAUACAGUUAA